AUGUCAACAGCACAACAACUCCACGACGAUGCUACACCAAAAACGACAACUCUAAUAACUCCAGUAACGACGGCUCCAAUGGCGAAAUCAAACCCAGAAGAAAGAGAUGAAAAACUUACCCGAAACGACGGCUCCCACGGCGAAUUCCACCCAGAAGAAGAACCCGAAAGAAGAGAAGCAAUUAUAUAUGAAAAAAACUUCAAGACGAAGAAAACGGUGACUCCAAUAAUAACUCCAGUAACGACGGCUCCAACGGCGAAAUCAAACCCGGAAGAAAGAGAAGCA